UACAAGCGAGACAAUUCAUACAAGCGAGACAAUGCGUACAAGCGAGACAAUUCGUACAAGCGAGACAAUUCCUACAAGCGAGACAAUGCAUACAAGCGAGACAAUGCAUACAAGCGAGACAAUGCGUACAAGCGAGACAAUGCGUACAAGCGAGACAAUGCGUACAAGCGAGACAAUGCGUACAAGCGAGACAAUGCGUACAAGCGAGACAAUUCGUACAAGCGAGACAAUACGUACAAGCGAGACAAUUCGUACAAGCGAGACAAUACGUACAAGCGAGACAAUUCAUACAAGCGAGACAAUUCGUACAAGCGAGACAAUUCGUACAAGCGAGACAAUCAAGAGUAG